AUGUCCACGGGUAUCUACAGAGGCUUCUUAUUACACACGUUCUAUCCCCUACUUCGUGUCUUCCUUCUGCAGGAGGAAGAGGAAGACGAGCAGCAGUUCCACGUGUCCUCCAUGACCCUUCACCCACAGUUCGACAAAGGGCCUUACCUCAACAACGACAUCGCUAUUCUCACCGUCAAGAGGAAGUCUGGGAAGGGGAUAAGGUUUGGAAAGUACGUGCAGCCCCUGUGCCUCGUCCCCCCUGGCUGGAACUACCCGUCGUACCUGAAUUGCACGGUGGCAGGCUGGGGCAGUCUCGGUCCUGAGCUGGGACACUCCAAGGUCCUCCAAAGCGCCGCGCUGCCCAUCCUCCCAGACUCCACGUGCAGGGCGGACUAUGUCUACGGCCCAACGAGACUAACAGAGGGCAUGUACUGUGCAGGCUACAUGGAGGGUGGAAUUGACACGUGCCAGGGUGAUUCAGGGGGCCCUAUGGUCUGUGUAGUGGAUGGUCGUCAUACUGUUGUUGGCAUCACGAGCUGGGGCCACGGGUGCGCCAGAGCCAAUAAACCGGGGGUGUACACUAAACUCACGAAAUACCUAUCUUGGGUAUACUCUAACAUGCGCUAAUAUGAUAAAUAGUUGUGUAUCCUUUGUAUUUAGACUUACAAAUAAACAUAAACACACACAAACACUUGUCGUGAACACACAAGGAUUCACCAACAUGUAAGACCCCGAAGGAAGAACGAAUAUCAAAGAAGAAAAGAAAGAUGGAAAGAAAGAAAGAAGCAAACAGAAGAAAUAAACCACGAGGGAAGAGCUAAUGUCAAGGAAAGAAAGAAAUAAGAAAAGAAAUGAAGAAACAGACAGAAGAAAUAAAGCCUUACAAGGGAAGAGCGAAUGUCAAGAAAAGAAAGAAAGAAGAAAAGAAAG